AUGCACGGAGAGCCGCGGUCCUUUGGUCCAACGACCUGUCUCGUUACUGCCCGCUACUGCCCGCUACUGCCGAAGCUCGACCCGCUUAGCUCCAUCCGGUCACAAAAGCACCCCUCUUCACGACUUCGGUUCCGAACGAGGAUGGAAGGGAAGCAAAGCGUUUCCACCAACAAUCUCCUAGAAACGAAAGUUCCUGGUGGCGGUGUCAAACGCAAGCUCGAUCCUCGGUCCUUUGUUCCAACAGUAUGGUACAAUCAGUAUCCUGGCUUUUUGGGUCCAGGUGACGCCUUCGACACAUGGUUUGACUCCACGACCAAGUCUGGCUCAGCUGAACAGUUUCCUCCUUUGGCAGGUCUGGCAGAUUGGACGUGGUCUGACAGGUUUGACACGAUUGACAGGAUCAGUUAUCUCAAGUUUACAAGGCUGAAUGACGCAUCUGAACCUUAUUCAUCCAAUACCAUACGAUGA